AUGGAAUACUUCCCACAAGGAGUAUUCUCUUCAAGAGAAGGGUCAUUGAUAACUCAACAUGUCCUAUAUAUGUGCAACAGAGAAGAAGAAAUAGACAUACAUGUGCCUUGGGAUUGCCCUGCAGCAAUAGAUGUAUGGGGCGAGGACUGCAGUCCAGUCAGAAAGUGGGGAAGAAACUAUGGUGAUUUCACAACACUGUGGUCUGAGUUCCAGUCUAAGUUAGAGGAAGGAAAGCUCCACAUAGUAGCUGAGGUGCUGUACAGCCUGUGGAGGAGAAGAAAUGAUAUGGUUUUUGAAGGAAAAUUCAAGGGGCCAUGUGUAUUGAUCCAGCAGGCAAUGCUAGAUGCAGAGGCAGUCACAUUGGCUCACGAAAAACCAAGAGAGAAUCAAACAAGGCCAGUAGAGGUAAUGAGAACCGUGUGGAAACCUCCAAGCCAUGACUAUCUGAAGGUGAAUGUGGAUGCAGCAGUGGAUUCUAAAAGAGGAAAGGUGGGAAUUGGUGUUGUAGUGAGAGACUUCAGAGGAGAGGUGCAGGUGAUACUUGCUGCCCCCAGACAGUUAACAAAGAAUGCCAGUGCAACAGAGAAUCUGACCACGCUUAGAGCAACCCUUCUGUGUAGUGAACUAGGACUCACUCAGGUGCAGCUGGAGGGUGAUGCAAAAAUGGUAGUGGAAGCAAUCAACUCCAGAUCAUUUAACUCAUCGUGGGAUGGACAAGUGAUAGAGGACAUCAAGGCUGUGGUGCAUGCCCAACCUGGGUGGUCUGUAGCUUUUGUAAAGAGAGAGGGCAAUAGUGCAGCACAUGCAGCUACCAAGUUAGCUCUAUCCUUAGGUACCGAAUGUGUGUGGGUAGAUGAGGUACCAUGUGAGGUCCUUCCAGCCAUUGUAUCAGACUGA